GGCGGCGUGGCUGGGUGUUGGAGCCUCGACGAUCUCGGCGUCCUGGCAGACGUACCGGGGACCUGGGGAGCGGCCGAUCGGGAGCCUCCCUCCUCGGUCAGCGCGGGCGGCCUAGCGUAGCCGCUCGGAGGCCUGGCGCCCGCGGGAGGAGACCCCGAAGCCUUAUCCGCGACAUGGGCCGCAGAAAGUCCAAGCGGAAGCCGCCCCCCAAGAAGAAGAUGACGGGGACCCUGGAGACUCAGUUCACCUGCCCCUUCUGCAACCACGAGAAGUCUUGUGAUGUGAAAAUGGACCGAGCCCGCAACACCGGAGUCAUCUCCUGCACCGUGUGCUUGGAGGAAUUCCAGACGCCCAUCACCUAUCUGUCAGAGCCCGUGGAUGUCUACAGUGAUUGGAUAGACGCCUGCGAGGCAGCCAAUCAGUAGCGAGGAGGAGGACCCACCCCCUGGCAACCUGUUCCCCGCCCCCGCCUGGGUUCAGCGCCAGAGACAUUGGGGGGCCAGGGUGUGGGUCCAGGACUGUCAGUCUGCCUUGUGUGUGUGUGUGUGUGUGUGUGUGUGUGUGUGUGUGUGUGUGCGUGCGCGCGCGCGCGCGCGCGCGCGCGCUUGCUUGCUUGCUCGCGUGCGUGUCUGUCAUAUGAGUCGUGUGACUGGGAGACAGGGCGUGAAGUUGAGGCGUCCCUGUGUUCGGCCGGCCUGAGCUGCCUCUAUGGACACGACUCUGACGUGCCGGGUUCUCCAGGGGCCUGAGUUGGUGGGGGGAGCCUCCCCCCAAGUUCCUAGGCCUUGUGACUGGGACCUCUGUGCUCCACCCUGGUUUCCAUCAGGCCCCGGCCAGGCACGGAGAAAGGGGUACGGGGGCGUUGGAGUUGCUUUUACGGGAGUGGCAGGGGUCGAGCGCUGUGUGGUUUGACUUGCAAUAAAGCACCAAUGGGA